AUGAUGCUUCGUAACGCUUUGUUGAGAUCAACCCGUGCUAUUCAACGCCCUCUCUCCAACACACGAUCCUACCACCAAAAGGUGAUUGAUCACUAUGAAAACCCUCGCAAUGUGGGUUCGUUCCCAAAGGGUGCUCAAGAUAUCGGUACUGGUUUGGUUGGUGCUCCUGCUUGUGGUGAUGUGAUGAAACUUCAAAUCAAGGUGGAUGAUGCUACUGGCAAGAUUGUGGAUGUCAAGUUCAAGACUUUUGGCUGUGGCUCUGCUAUUGCAUCGUCAAGCUUCAUGACUGAGCGUGUCCGUGGUAUGACAUUGGAGGAAGCAGGUCAAAUCAAGAACACUGAGAUUGCCAAGGAAUUGUGCUUGCCCCCUGUUAAGCUGCAUUGUUCCAUGCUGGCUGAAGAUGCUAUCAAAUCAGCUAUCAAGGAUUAUAAGAGCAAGCGUGUAUCGGCUGCGGCAGCUUCCUCAGCAGCAGGAGGAGCAGCUCCUCAACAAGCUACUGCUUAA